GCCAAGGUCCGCCCACCGUCAUCUCGUUCGUGAGCUCACAAAACACCUCGCCAUGUCCAAUGUCCUCCGUCCGUACCUCGCCGCCGUGCGCUCAACGCUUACCGCAGCAUUGACGCUGCAGGACUUCUCGUCUCAGAUUGUAGAACGCCACAACAAGCCAGAGGUCGAAGUUGGCGGUUCAAAGGAAGUGCUCCUCCAACCCCUCACGAUAUCGCGGAACGAGAACGAGCGGGUUCUCAUCGAGGCAUCCGUCAACUCCAUCCGGCUGAGUAUCAAGAUCAAGCAGGCAGACGAGAUUGAGAGGAUCCUGUGUCACGGAUUCACGCGGUUUAUGAUGCAGCGUGCGGAGAGCUUCAUUGUCUUGAGGAGGAAGCCUAUGAAGGGAUACGAUAUCUCGUUCCUGAUCACAAACAACCACACCGACACCAUGCUCAAGCACAAGAUAGUAGACUUUAUCAUACAAUUCAUGGAGGAAGUCGACAAGGAGAUUAGUGAGAUGAAGUUGAGCUUGAACGCGCGAGCGCGUGUCGUUGCGGAGUCGUACUUGCUUGCUUUCAAUUCAUAAGGGCCAAAACGACGCUAGAGAGUCAUUGGAGCACAUCCAGGUCAAGAAGGCCAAACAACCGCCGUAGCCAUGUACUGUACUUUAAAAUCUAAACAAAUUCGGGCUUAUUCUCCGACUUGCCCAACAAGGGGCAUACGCGGGUACACCGCGAUGAAUCCUGGCGUCGAUACGGUCUCAUAGUUUCCCCCUCGCCCCUUGCUUGCGAUUAACAGACGCAUGCGUUACAAGCGUCAUUUGCGUCGACACAGCAAGACACCGCUGGUGCUCCUUCCACCUAUCGUCCGCAGGCACGGCAUCGUCCCCGACAUCGGAAGGAGCCGUCCAGAGUUCGAUGGUCAUGUCAUGCCGAGCGUUGGGUUCGUUUAUGAAUUUGCUUUGGGUAAACACUGCUACGGUGCGCUGUGACAUGUGUGGAUCCGUCGGCUUUGGUAAGGGAAACUUGAAUUCGAGUGUCAUGACUAUCGUCGGCAGCCAGAUAUCACGGUUCGUGAGCGUAGGCAAGGCCAUGGGAUAUGACGUGAAGCAAUCGGCGAAGAACGCGAGCAUGGAUGGGCGCAUGCUUUCCCGUUCGUCGCGCAGCGUGAGGUAGUCACCCCACUGCAGACCUCGUUGUGGCGUCUCCCGCUUUUGAGCGUACACCGGGUCCUCAGCACCGCUAAUGUGGUGACGGAAGUUGUACCGCGGGAGUUGCCACGCUUUGGCCGGUCGGCACUGCGAGGGGUGUGUCUGCAUCGGCGUGUACACGGCGUAUGGUGAGGGUGGCUCGAGAGUCAUUGGCUUGCGAUAGUCCGGGUCUGCAGUAGGCAGCAGCCUCCCGAAUAUCAGCUGGACGAGGAUCUUCUCUUCAUUGUUCUGUGUCAACGUCGCGGAGAGAUGCUUCAGAUCGCGACCUGUCUUGAUAUCUUGAAUAUAUACUUCAUAUGGACC